AUGCCUGGGUUCGCAGAUUUCAAGGACCGUGCGUCCAACAUUUUCGGUGGUGGUUUCGAGAAGUUCGAGAUGCCCAAACAAGGCUACGACCAGAUGGACGGGGCCGCUCUCGGCGGUGGCGGAGGCGCGUACCAGGCCGAAACCGGUGGUAACGAUUCUCCGAUGUCGUUCGAGGAGAUCGAACGGCCACCGUUGCGCCACGUCGACAAGUACGUCCGGGCGGAGUGUCCCUGCAUCAAGACGACCCGCUACACCAUUGCGCUGAUGACUUGCCUCGGGUUCAUCAUAUCGUUCGGGAUGCGCUGCAACAUGGGCAUGGCCAAACUGCAGUUCGAGAACGGGUCGGUGAAGUACAACUGGACGGUGGCGAUGGAAAGCGCGGUCGACUCGUCGUUCUUCUGGGGUUACCUCGUGACGCAAGUUCCGGGCGGUUUCCUGGCCUCGAUGUUUCCAGCCAAUCGCAUCUUCGGCACGGCCAUCGCCUGCUCGGCGUUCCUGAACCUGCUCGUGCCGGGCGCCAUGAUGCUACAUCCCACCGUCGUCAUUCUGGUGCGCGUCCUGCAGGGUUUGGUUGAGGGUGUAACGUAUCCGGCGUGCCACGGUAUCUGGCGCUUCUGGGCACCACCACUCGAGCGGUCCCGGCUGGCCACGAUGGCGUUCAGCGGCUCGUACGCGGGCGUCGUGAUAGGCAUGCCCAUGUCGGGCAUCCUGACCGGUUCGAUCAGCUGGCACGCACCGUUCUACUUCUACGGCGUGAUGGGCCUGAUAUGGUACUGCUUCUGGCUGUGGCUUUCGUUCGAGAAGCCCCGCCAGCACCCAACCAUCACCGGCAAGGAGCUCAAGUACAUCGAAAAGUCGCUCGGCGAGUCGGUGCAGCUACCGAUGCCGACCAUCGCGACGACCCCGUGGCGUCACUUCUUCACCUCGAUGCCCGUCUACGCGAUCAUCGUGGCGAACUUUUGCCGCUCGUGGAACUUCUAUCUGCUGGUGCUUUACCAGAGUGCCUACCUGAAGCACUCGUUUGACUUCCGAAUCGAAGAGACUGGUAUACUAGGAGCGCUGCCGCAUCUGCUGAUGACGAUCAUUGUACCGUUCGGCGGUAUGUUGGCCGAUCACAUACGCAAAACGGGGAUUCUGUCGACGACAAAUGUGCGCAAACUGUUCAACUGUGGCGGCUUCGGUCUGGAGGGACUCUUUUUCCUGGUCGUGGCCCACGCCACCAGCCCAAUGGGCGCAGUAACGGCUCUCACGCUCGGUGUGGCGUUCAGUGGGUUUGCCAUCUCCGGUUACAACGUCAAUCAUCUGGACAUCGCCCCCCGGUACGCCAGCAUCUUGAUGGGCAUGUCGAACGGCAUCGGAACGAUAGCGGGCCUGAUCUGUCCCAUAGCGAUCGAUCAUCUCACCAGGGGCCAGCCAAAAUCAUGCUGGUCGACCGUGUUCACGAUAGCGGCGACGGUACACUUGGUCGGUAUCACCUUCUACGCCAUCUUCGCGUCCGGCGAGCUGCAGUCCUGGGCCGAACCGACACUGGAAGAGCAGAAAGCCUGGGAUCCGGUGGGAUCGGGCUUCGAAAAGGAGACAACGUUCAACGCGGACGACAACGUAGACGGGCCAGGAGGUCCCGUGGCACCUUUUGGCGAUCCUGCGGCCCAGAUCAACACCACCAAGACGCUCAGCUACGGUGCGGUGCAGCACGUGGCCACCAAUCCGUUCGCGUAUCCGAACGCCAUCAGCGAGGAACCGGUGCAACCGGAGGCGAGGGACACGUAUCUACACGGAAACCCAACCGAGCGUACCUAUUGA